AUGUCCAAUCACAGCUCAGACGAUAGCACCAGCGAAGAUAACAUUAAUGACGACAUCAAUUCCCAUCUCCCUCCUCACUUUAUCUCCCCUCACAACCCACAAUCUCAUGACGUUGUCAACGACCUCGAAGACCUCGACGACGAAUACUCGUCCAGCGACGAAGAAGAGAGACCAGCCCUAGUCAAGGAGGAGCACCCUUCUACUUCUCAAUCCAAUCAACCAAGCCUAUUCGCUAAGAAACCUCAACCCGUUGCACAAGCAGAGCUCAGCCGCGAUGAUCAAAAGCACUUUGCAUCUAUACAAAACUCUUUUGGUGCUAAAAUGCUCGCUUCUAUGGGCUGGAAAGCUGGUUACGGUCUUGGUGAAGGUGGUAAAGGUAUAGCUGUACCUAUCGAACCCUCAAAAGCUCGCCCACAAGGUGCGGGUGUUGGUGCUGUCAACGAACGCACACGCGCACAGAAAAUGGAAGCUAAACGACGUGGUGAGGUUGUUUCUGAUGAUGAAGAUGAUGUCAAACAUCGAAAGAAGACUCAACCUCGCAAAGAGAACUUGAAAUCUUGGAAAUCGAGGCAACCAAAUGUUAAAACUAAAACUAAGCAUAUGUCUUAUGAAGAAGUUCUCGAAGCACUCGGUGAUCAGCCUCAAAUUCAGUCAAAUGUUGGUCCUAUUCUCGACCUAACAGGUGCGCAGCCACGCGAAGUUACAACUUCACUAGCUUCCCAUCUCUCCUCCUGGACACCAACCAGCGAUUCUACUAAACUACCUGAACUCCGACACAACAUUUCUCUCAUAGCAGACGAGAGUCGUCGCCAGCUCGAAGGCUUAGCGCGGGAAGCGCGUGUGCUUAAUGACCGCCACAGAUCCCUACUAGAGCAAGAGAAGGCGAUUGUGAAAAACUUGGACAGUGACAUUAUCAGAAUAGAACGUAUGAAACGGCUGGAAGAUGUAGUAUCUCAACUCGAAGAAAUCAGCAAAGAAGCUGCAGUACUACCAACACCAAUUCUGGAUUUAUUCACCAUCCCUAUAAUUGCACUACUAGACUAUGGGAGUGAAUUUGAGACAUAUAGACUGGAUGAGGUUGUCGUCGGUGCAAUAACCCCCACUUUCAAGAGGUUGGUAGGACAAUGGAAGCCACUCUCGCAAGAAAACAGCCAGAGUAAUUGGAUUGUUGAGAUGCGCAAAUGGCGCAAAGCACUCGUUAUGAACGCUUCACCAACCGACAAGACGUCUAUGGUGCGUCGUGAGGAUAUUGAUGCCGAUUUUAAACCGCCGGUACAGCCAGCGAGCCAAAACGCACAAUUAUUAAUGACUCCGUAUGAGUCGAUGAUCUGGCAUGUAUGGCUACCGCGACUGCGCACAGCGCUAAUAAAUGAGUGGCAACCUACAACUCCCCUACCGGCGACGCGACUUCUCGACGAAUGGGUAGAUCUACUGCCUAGUUUCGUAUUCGACAACAUCAUGGAUCAGCUCCUCCUGCCCAAGGUGAUGGGGGCGGUAGACGACUGGAAUGGCAGUAGCGCCCAUACGCUCCACAGCCUCCUCUUCCCAUGGUUGCCGCACCUGCAUGCGCGCUUCGGGGGUGUGAUGGAUAUCGCCAAACGCAAGCUGAGCGGGGUGCUGAAAGGCUGGCACACAUCCCAACCGCCACCUCCCAUCGCCGUGUGGAGGUCUGUGCUCAGUCGCAAAGACUGGGAUGGGCUACUGCUUACACAUGUGGUACCCAAGUUAGCAGCACACUUGCGACAUGACCUCCUCAUCAACCCUCGCAACCAACACUACGAACCACUCGAAGCUCUUCUGCAGUGGAACGGCAUCCUCUCGCCGAAAGUAAUCGCUGGUGUCCUCGCUAACACCUUUAUUCCUAUGCUAGUCGAUACUCUUUAUAUUUGGCUCGUCUCGCCUGCCGUAAACUACGAGCAGGUUGCGGCGUGGUAUGCGUCUUGGAAAGCGUACUUCCCAGAGGAAGUGGUGGCGCAGAAUGCUCUCGGCGAUGGCUUCCGCUCGUCUCUCGACCUCAUCAACCAGGCUAUGGGUCUGGGAGCAGACGCUUCUAAGAAACUUAUCAAACCUACUCUCUCCGCACACUCAGGUGGGAAGAAGGAGACCAAACGGAAAGCUAGAGAGUACAAAGAGCUCACCUUCUACGACGUGGCGAGGGAGUUUAUAGAAGAACAUAACUUGUUGCUUAUCUCUACUAGGAAACUGCAUCGUAGAGGUCACAUGCUCUACAAAAUAUCAAAAAACGCUGCCGGAAAGGGUGGAAUCAUGGUGUAUAUAGACGACGAUGCUGUAUGGGUAGAGCCUCAGGCUGGUGGAGUUGACAAGACAGUGUUGGAAUAUAUACCAAUGAGUCUCGAGUCAGUAGUGGCAAAAGCAGCGACAGCGACGCACUGA